GAAUGAUAAGCUUAGUUAAUACUGUUUCUUUCAUGUACAAGUCUAAACAUAAAGCUUUCGCGUUGCGUUUGUUUAGAAAUGCGUCCUGCCUUUGAAAAAAAGCCGCUGGUAAAGCGUGAUGGUCAAAAUUGGUGGGAAAUGAACAAGACUGGUCCUAAUACCUCAGAUUUCGAGGCUUUAUUAACCGAACGUGACCGCGGUAAGAAUCUUAAAACAUGUACACGACUGCAGUCUCGAACAACUACCGUUGCUCGCAAAGACAGCCUUCCAAUCAUUGCUGAACAGCCGGAUCAAACGUGUUUUAGUAGAGCGGCGCCUAGCCUCGCCUUGAGUGAAGAGUGCAACCAGUCAUUGGGAUCAAGGAAUGAAAAAAUUCGGAUAUGUAUUAAACGAUGGAAGAAAUUAAGUAGUAACAAAUCCAGUGUAUCGGCGACAUGCCCUUUAACAACUGGUUGUCACGAGCACUUUGAGGUAAGUUAUCUUCAGUGAGUUGGAAUUGUUUUUAAACGUUCAGGAUGUGAAAAUCAAGCACUCAGUAUUAUUUGAAAAAAGGCUAAGAAUUAAACAGAGCACUGCAGCUUAACAGAUUUAUAUUUGAUCCGCCACAUCAUUUACUGGGAUUUGGAGCUUUCAGCCAUCUAGGAUCAGACUAGCCUACUUUGUGAACUUAAAUGACUACUACGUUUUUAGACUAACCAAGGAUUUAGAUACUUAUAUUUUAGAAAUCAUUUCUAAAAGCUCAGUACAUGAUAUGAUUGAAAGCUUAUUAGUCCGUCAUCAUUCGUCUAAAAUUAACUGAGCUUCGGUGUAGCUCUUUCCCUGGACUGUUAAGAACUGAACUUGAUUUCAGUGGGACAAGUUUUCUCCUGUCUUUUUCUAUAAGUACCUCAAUCCGGCAAAGCUCAAUAGAUGGGUCACCAACAACACUCAAGUCUCAGCUUGCAACAGCGGCAGUCCGAUCGUAACUUUUUCAUUGUAAACGCUUGCGGUUGGACACUAGACAAAAUAACAAAAAUUUCACUAACAGACAAAGUAACAUCCCAACCCUACUGUUUGUAUAUCGUGCAGGAGGCCUUACUUUCCUAGUUGUCUCACGUCUCGUUUCCCCUUCCUGUAUCUAACUGAUAGGCAUGAAGGUGUCCCCAUGCACGCAAGCCUCUGAGCUGUCACGCUAUCGCUCCUAGGGGCCCAAACAAUAAAUCCCUCUGUGUGAAAGUAAGGGAUAAAAAGUGAUUAGUUUUACUGAAAUUGCUGUGGAGCGAUCCUUUAGAUUCUGGGUGAUAUUAAUCAAUUGAGGACAUCAUCAUGUGUGGUUUUUGUUUUGCUAUGUACUGCGCAUGAUUAUCACUGCAUGCUCUCUCCGUGAGAUCUUUCGCAUCAGCCCGACUAAAUAAAAUAUUGUGUACCGUGAAGAUAAGUGUAUGUUACCCAGAUGUAUUUUGCGGUUAAUUGAGUUAUUUGACCCACAUGCUAUCGAAUAUGGUAAAUUUGUGGUAAUGCAUGAAUGCACGAUAACGAUUAACUGCUGUUUAUACCUUUUCACGGUUUUUUCGACUUUUUUAUAUGGACAAGUUCGGAAAAAUCCGUCGACACCACUGAAAAGAGCGCUAUAAAAUUAAUAAAAUUGCCAAAUUUGAAAGUGAUUUGUUGAAAACUUAUGAAGAUAUAGCGCCUCAAAUGUUGGUAUGGUGGGGGGGGGGGGGGGGGGGCAAGUUUGUGCCUCCCCGCCCUCCCCCCCCCUUACAAACGUCUGUAAUUUCUCGACCUUGAGGAGCUGUAUCUUCAUUAGUUUUGAACUAAUCACUUUCAAAUUUGGCAAUUUUAUUAAUUUUAUAGCGCUCUUUUCAGUGGUGUCGACUGAUUUUUCCGAACGUGUUCAUGUCAAAAUUUGGUUGGAAAAAAUUGAGCUGACGAGGGACCUUACAACCAAUCAGAGGGCGAACUGACGGAAGAUAACUAAGGUAAAGGACCCAAAUAAAAAAAGGGAAAGAAAUCGAGAGAUGGUCUGGUAACUGUUUCGGAAAAACUUACAAUUAUUCUAAUGCAAGUAAAAGAGAAAUUUUGGUUAAUUCUAAGAUUCGCUGUUUAAAAAUUGACAGGGUUAGCUUUUGAUCAUUAUAUGCCUCUGGGAAACAGCCCACCCACCCCUCUCCUAAGCCAACAUUAACACUUACCUCUCACUUAGGGCAAAAUGUUGGCUUAGGGGAGGGGUAGCACGAAAUGCUGUCCGGUAUGGUAUAGUGUGAACAGCCUUAGUUUCAAGAAGCUCCUUAAAAGUUUUACAAAUUUGUUGUCUCGGAAGAUCUUAAAACUGAACUGCAUGUUUAUUUUCCUUGCUUAGUUCUGUGCUGUGCAUGUGAGAAUCCAAAUGGGCUGGGUCCUCACCAAGAGCCGAAAACAGGUCUAGUUCCUUCAGUGUUAAUCUCGAAUCUUUCUUUUGACCGGCAGCCCGCGUGGAAGCAGGUUGAACAUUCAUAGGCGUAAGUCUCGUCUACCACUUGCAAGCGAUUCGAUUUAGCUGUCUAUUUAACAAUUAUUCCUCGAGCCCAAAUGGGCUCUCAGUCAAUAGCCCAUGAGGCCGAAGGCCUAAUGGGCUAUUGACUAAGAGGCGAUGAGGGCGAGAGGAAUAAUUGUUUUAGCAAAAUCCAACUAGUUGGUCAAAAAUAUUGAGACAAUACAGCUUUAGCUAGCAAAACGCGAUUCAGCCGCCAUUGUUUUGGUUUUCAAAGCCUGUGCUUUUCGCUACUAGUGGACUAUGACAUAUAGCCUAUUAGUAGCUCAACCAAUCAGAACGCAGCAUUGAUAAUAGACCACUAGUUGGAUUUUGCUAAUUGGGAAUAUGGUUAGAAGUCAUGCGUGAGUGGCACACGAAAGGUGAAGCGAGAUAGAUGGGCGGAGAAUUGCGGCUCACUUUGCUCGCCCCUUGUAAAGUAGUGCGCACGCCCAAAUGAAAGACUUCCUCGCAUGCAGUCAUUGUUACUUAAGAACCUUUUUUUCUAAUUUUUGAGGUUAUAUAAUUUUUGUUAUAGCCGUUAGAGAGCUUUAGACGAUUAGCAAGAAUGGUUCAAGUUGUCAUACGUGUAGCACGGGCACUCAAAAAGUAAGUACUGACAAUACCUUAAUCGUAAGAUACUCUUUUCAUAUCUGCAUGAGGAUGAGAAAAAUAACUACCAACUAUACAGUUUUUUUUACAGUUUUUGUCAACUUGGCAAUAAGUGAUAAGCUAUUAUCCAGAAAUCCGCCUGCAGCUGAUAAAGUAGCCGAGUCAGUUAAACGAAUCAUCAUCAUAGCUUUUUACAUGGCAGGAUCGAUCUUUGGGUGCAGCAUCGUAAUUUUAAUUUACAAUUUGUUUACCACUACCCGGAGCACUUUGGAGUUCUUAAAACCUCAUUAAAACGUGUCCGUACGUUCAGCUCGUGCCACGCGAUCACCAAAUUUACUGAAACAUCAAAAUAACUUCUUUAAAACUGAAUUAAAAGCCGAAAAGAAUGAGCAAUAUUGACUGACUUGAAGAUAGGUAGAGGGUGUGGUUGACUUGUAACGAUCUCAAACCUUAUAUAUUUGUUAUGUAGAGAUGAAUUUGUCAAAAAAGGUGUGUCUUUUACCAAUUUGUAGUUUAACCCCUUAGUUAGGGGAAAAUAUUAAAAAAAAAAAACAAUGGAAAAUGUGAUGUAUUAGAGCCUUAAACAGAUAUCAAAAAGGCAAUACUAUGGAACUGAAUUAAUGUAUAAAAAUACACUACAAAGCAGAUGGGUGAUCUUCUUUGGCUUUUAAAUCACAUUUAUUGCCGUAAAACUGAAUAGGUUUUUAUUGUCCUCCUGUCUAUGGGAAACUGGCUUUGGUUAUAUUCCCUUUCAGUGACCCAAAGGCUGUGUUCCAGCAGGAUGGAAUCUGUAAGUCAUUUCUUGAGAUCAUGGAAGGAUACAUGGCAACAAGAGAAAAGCACCUGUCCGAUAACAAUGAAUACAGACCGGGCUUCUCAAGUGCUGCCCCUGUGUUUGAUCCAAAACAGUUUAAAGCCAAUAGAGAGGUCAGUAAAAGCUCCAUGUUGGACAUUAGAUCAUAACUGCAACAAUAGGGUGCUUUAGCAACGACGCGGGCGACGGUUACGAAAGCGUCACUUAAAAAGUGAAUUCGCUCUGCCUCAAACUUUAUCGCGCUUAUCCCAACUCGUUCAGUUCGUCAAAUGUUUGCAGUUUGUUCUGGAGUUGAAUUUUAAAAGACUGUAUCAAAGUUCAGGAAAAGAAAAAGGAAGUCGUUGUCUUAUGUUCACGUCUUCUGCAAACGUGAAAUAGUAGGCACUUUCAUGCUGUAAGGUGAUGUUACGCGAGACGAUUCGCAACGACGAUUUUUAACGCAACACAGCGUGGCAAUGGUGGAACAAUGUUGCAAGCAUUCAAAACAAUGUUGUAAUGCUGCGUUGCGCUAAAAAUCGUCGUUGCGAAUCGUUCCGUGUAACAUCACCUUAAAGCUAUUGCUUUUUUGUCGUUUUCGUUGUCGUCGGCGUCGUCGUUGCUUGACGUGAUGUUACACGAGACAAUCAGCAACGACGAUUUUUAGCGCAACACAGCGUUGCAUCAUUGUUGUGACAAUGUUUCGUAUGGUUGUAACAUUGUUCCAAUAUUGCAUCGCUGUGUUGCGCAAAAAAUCGUCGUUGCGAAUCGUUCCGUGUAACAUCACCUUUAAGCUCCCUAGUGUAACAACGAAGGCGAAGGCGUCUACACAAAAAUCUUUCACUGGUCGCACCCUCUAUAAAGGAACCCCUUCAGGAAACUGGUUCCUGGAUCCUUACUUAAAGAUAGAGUCUUAUGAGCCUGUUCUAACAUGUCUGACUUCCGAGUAUAUGGACGAAAUCUUAUGUAGUCGCCAUUCAAAUGAAACGACCUCUAGCUUUGGCAGUACUGUCAUGUUUUUUUACAUUCAGUAAAUGUUCUCGAACUCUCUGGGACGAAAAACAACCUUAAUGAGAUUUCUUUAGUUGACCCAUUUGAGCGUGAGUUGAGCAAGGUUUUUGGAUAGAACGUCUUUUUAUGGCAAAACAGCGGCAGGGAAUAACCUUGCUGAUAAUUAUUAUUAUCAUUAUUAUUAGAAAUUCGUACCGCGCAGUUUCUAUGAAAAUAUUCAACUGCGGCUCACAUAAGAAAUUAAUUAAAGAUGGAAAAUAAAACCUCCUAAUUUAAAGCCUUACUAAAUAAGAAAGUUCUUAAUCUGAUCCAAGAAAAAAAAAGGUUUAACAGAAUAGCAAACAUUUGUCGGCAGGUAAAGAUAAGUAAGGAAGUACAGCAGUUUUUGAGCUCAAGACCAGACGAAAGGACAAGUUACCAACUUCAAACUGUAAGUCUAACAUGCUGACAGAUUCUGUUGUAUCACACAGUGAUUGAGGGAAAGAAGGUAUUAUUUAUUAUCUUAAAAGCGGAUAAAUGCGGGAGUCAGAAUACAUGCGUAGAUGUUAGCCUCUUCCAGAAGUCAGAUCUCCUAUAGUGGAGAUGGCUCAAUAAGGAGAACUGGAGCAGGCGAGUUAGGCCCUCAAAUUGAAAGGAGAGGAGAGGAGAGGACACAUGUGUUACCGGGAUUACGAAAAAAUGAAGUGCUCGCUCCUCCCUUACACUCUUCACAGUCCUCCUUUUCGACCAGUUGUUUUCGUAAGAUAGGUCGAAAUCGAGCGAUUACCUCUAAAGGGACCAACCUGGUUUCAAAUAUACCGAGGGGGCGAGCCCCGGGAAUUAAAGUGAUGGGGAGGGAGGCGAAAAAUACAGGGACUGUUCACUCUGUUGUUCUCACCUCCUCCCAAAUCGUUCCCCACCACCUCAGUAGAUUUGAUACUCAUCCAAAGCUAGAAACGGCACAUUUUAUGACCAGCUGUAAGGGUAGGGGGCUAGAUCUUGACGAUCUUAUGAAAAAAUAGGGGACUGCAUGUGAACUACUCCUCCCUUGCGAACCCAAAUCAUCUUUCCCUCUCACGUUUUGAGUGUCUGCCAUGCAAGCUACCAGUAAGUAUGUGCAGGAGCCCAUCAUUUGAUGGGCUCCUGGUAUGUGUAGACUUUCAUUUUCUAUAGCUCAUGGCCUACCUCUCCUUACCUGUCCGCGUGUCUGCAAAACCAGUGUAAUUUAUGUUGAACAAUCCUGAAUUACUCCAGCAAAGGAUCGAGCUCUUACAUGUAAUUAAAAGGUAAUGAUCUUGAAUUUGCCUUGAUGUAGAUUCUAUACGCUCUUCAAACCCUGGAGUCAUUUUCCGACCUUCCUCUUCACAUGCAACAGGAUGUCUGCAAAGUUGCUUGGCUACAAAGGUAAUCAACGCUGAUUUUGUUAUGUCCGCCUUGUACUUGAGGUCCCUAAUUUCAAAAUGUAACCGUAUUUCUAUUUUUUACAAAAUUCCUUAUAGCUUGUACAGGGCGCGUGCGGGCUACGAAGUCGCCAAAGGAUUGACCUUUGCUCAAAUAACAUGUUGCUUGUCCCCAAACUUCUCAGAACGAUUUUCUUAUGCUCAGUAUUUCCAACACUCAGCAACACUUUGUUCUAUCACUUCUUUUCUUUUUUUUUUCUAGUCUUCCUCCUAAUAAAAUAAUCAUCAAACAAGAUCAUGUGGCAGAUAACUUCUAUUUUAUUAUAAAUGGAUCAGGUAAGUCAAGUCUGGCAUUUGCAGUGAUCGCUAAACUGACACCUUAACUAGGCAAACAUUUGAUGGAGAACCCGAGCACCUUUGAAAUGCCCUUAAUAAUACAGACGAAAAUCGCUUUCUAGUGAACCUGUCAUCUCAAGUAGAUAAUAGUUUUGCCUAUUAAAACCAGAGUUAAUUGUCUGGUAGUAUUUUUUUCUGAUUCUUAUUCUUUUAACUUUUCCCGAAUCGUAGUUACGGUGGUUUCAGAAAAUGACCCAACAUUGGACACUCCUUUCACUUCACUGGCAACACUCAAACGAGGAUCAAGUUUUGGGGUGAGUCAUGCCCCACACGUAGAGAAGUUAAAGAAUAUUAGAGAUGAUUGUGAGGAAAAGAAUAAAAAUCUAUCGACUAGAUGAAUGAACUUCGGAUAAGCAAAAGAAUACAAAAUGUAAUCCUUGCAGGCUUCUUAAACUUACUCCACUAAACUAAGAAAAGAAAAUUAAUUAUGAUGAACAUUCUGAUUAUUGGACCUGACGUUUCUUUUAAGGUCCAGACGCUCGGCUGGAAUAACAUACGUCACAUAGUGGAGCAGUUAAACAGGAACCUAAGGAAAAGCUAAGGCUUAUUCAAGAACCGCGGAAUUGAACCUUGACCUUUGCAAUUACUAGCUACAGCGUUUCUGUAAAAGUAUGCCUAAAACUACUAAUCGCUGACCGGUUUCAGCACCAAUCUUCAGGGAUCUUCACCAAAACAACAGUCGGGGGCAAAAUUCCCUGGGACAGUGGUACAAUAGAUACAAUAUUCGUAAAUGCCUGUAAUUUCAGGAUACCUCCAUAAAAAGAGUGCUAUACAAGUGCCUUGCAAUUUCUCCUGCGACCCCGUCCCCAUGCAAUAUUGACAGUCUGGGGAAAGAUUGUGUAUGUGGAGUGGAGGAGGGGGCUGAGCAUGUGUGGUGUGUGGCCAGAAAUACAAUUCAGUCGCAAUGAUUUUAGUUCAAUCUGGCUUCAUUAUCCAAUACUGAACUGGACCAUAUUUGGCUAACCUAGUCGUGUUUGUUAUUUUGUUUUCCAGGAAACCGCCAUACUAAAUAACUGCCGCAGAACAGCCACUGUAGUCAGCAAUGAUCCUGUGCAACUUCUAGUUGUUGGAAAAGAAGUAUGAAAAUUACUAUGCUUUCUGGAUAACGCGCCACCCUCUAAUUUAGCACCGACCAGAUUUUUUCUCAGCACUGCCGCAGGAACCUGUGAGAGCCCAAAUAAUCGCCACUUAGGACAAGGGCAGCGUUUUUUUCGAAACACUUGAAUUCAGUACUGUUAAGAGUGGUAAUAUAUUAUUCAAAGGGGCAUACAAAAGGUUAAACAUAUUUUCUUUAAGCAGCAACAGAAAUGUGUUCUUCAUCGGAUUCAGUGAUCGUUGAGAAUUGUAGGGAGACGAUGCUAUACGAUAAAACAGAGUCUCCACCGGAUUAGUGGCCCUGCCUAACAAUGCGACAGGGUAAAAAAAUUAACCAAAUGGUUCGCUUUCUGUUUUUCGCAGGACUAUAAGAGAAUUUUUAUGGGUCAAACGAAAACAGGAGAGGAACCAGCACAUUUGAAAUUUUGUAGGUGAGUAUAUAAUUUUCUUUCGAUUUCGUGUGGGAUUAAAGGAGCUUUGUCAAAAUCUUUUGGAGUUACUUUAAAACCCCAAAAACACAUUGGACUCCAAAAAAAAAUCCUGAAAUAAUUUUCAGGUUUAUUUGAAGUUACUCUAGUCUUCCGGCUAUUAGAUCUCGUCUUUUGCUUUCGAUGGCCAGGAUGGAAACUGGUUGCAACUUGAAAAAGUUGGUGGCCAACAUUUUUAACGUUUACCGCCCCAUGUGUUUUCGAAAACUGUCCAAAAACCGAUCGUGCAAGCUGCUUUUUUUUUUGUUUAAUGCAAUCGUUUAUUUUUGAUAUCAUUCUCUCAGACUUCAAAGUACGACAACUCACCGCGACAUACCCCCCUUUCAGACCAAGCUAGUUCACAGAGAGUAUAGGGUAGGGGAGGAUUUCACCCGAACAUGUGUUCAUUUCUCUUUAAACGGAAGCUACAACUAACAGAGCUCAAACUCCUCGGGCGCGAUUUGCUACGUGCGCAUCAAUCCAUCAAUCUAAGCCUGUGCAUGCGUCUCGACUGAUUCGAAAACAAUGAAACGCUCAUUGGAAUACAUAUUUUCUCAGGAGUUUGGAUUUUCUUGCUGAUUGGCCAGUAGAUCUUCUAGUUGCACACCCGGAAAACUGCCUCUUUCAUUACUUCAGGUAAGCUUUCAGCACGAUCGUUUUUUUUUUUUUUCGCCGGUAUUGAUUAAGGAGUCAUUUGUUGCUUAUGAUUGCCCUCUUGUAUAAUGGCUAUGGGUGGAGUUUUCUAUAUGUUUUAAUGAAGUAUUUGUCUAUUUCUUUUAAACAGAAGAGGAACAGUCAUUGUUAAAGAUAGCAAUAAAUCAGACUGGCUAUACAUCAUAGUCUCGGUAAGCAAAUAAUUUUGAUUUAAAUAAUUUUAAUUUGGCUAUAUCCGAGUUGCCAUAAACCUAUGUGAUUGUUUCAAAGCUUUCAAAGCAGGACUGAGUGGGCGACGCCCUUGGACCCACACUCCCGCACGCAGUUAUGACCAUUUUAUUCAUUCAUUAAUAUUGUUGCUAUUUUUUUUCCCAGCAGGCCGAAACACUUUUAUGAAUGAGGAGCCGAUAGUUAACGAAACACUUGAUUAGCGUGGUCUAAUAGAGGAAACGUUUCUUUUUGAAACGAGAUGUUCCUCAGCUUUCCCUCUGUGGCAUUGAUUCAAUUAAUUCUAUGCAUAAAACAGAACUUUUUAUCUUAAAUCGAAUUUUCUAUUUGUCCAUUGACUGCAGGGAGUUUGUCAAGUUCUGCUGAGACUUGAAAUAAUCAAGCCAAAAUUACACAACGUCUCUGGCAAAGUACAAUGCAGAGAGGACGUAUCAACAGUUGAUAAACUGGCUGAUUUGACAGAGAACCGUCAUCGGAAAACCACUUAUUCAGCUUCAAGGGCUGGACGAAGGCCCGCAAGAAGACAGACACAUCAAGGCGAGUUCCUUCUGCUCCUUCUUUACCGGUAUUUCAAUUCUAACGGUGUAUUGUAUCAUUGUAUUGUCAUCAAUUUGCUGAAAUCAAAAGUCGCCUAUUAAAGCAGUGACAGCAUAGCGCCUAGCUGGGUGUCAUUAAACGCAUGCGCAGUCAGUAAAAAAUCAUGCGUCAUGUUAAAAGACGGCAAAAUAACACAUCUCUCAGUUUCAAUGGAAAUGAUAAUGGGCUGAAGAUAAGGUAAAAAAAAAAAAAAAGAGGCAUUCGUUUGCCGAAUUUGAAUUGCACACCUCUCAUCUCCCCAUCCGAAGCAUUGCUAUCUGAAAGGAUAAGAAAAUCAAGCAAAGAAACUCUUAUCUAAAGUAAAAGACUGUCUCAUGUACAUGCUAGACGAGAAAAUCGGUAAAACAUUGUUAUGCAACUAGAAAUUUAUAAUUAUAUCGUUUUAAGGGAUGUUGCCGCGAACUUACGGGUCAACAAAAAUAACAAAAGUUUCCCGACGAGGGAAGAAUUCACAAUGUGGAACGCAUGCGCCCAUACGUGGUCUUUACAGCACCGACUCAAACAAUUGCUCUUUACCAUAUCAGUUCUGUUAGAUUUAACUGACGCUGAAAAAGCAACUGUGUUUGUAAACAAGGAGAAUUAAUAAAUAUUAUUAAAUGCUCUAGUUUAUCUAAGCUUUUCGCAAUUUGUUGCUGUUGUUGUUGUUGUCUAACGUCAGACGGGCGUUUUUCUUUUUGUUUAGUCUGAUUUCAAUUUCUAACUAACACAAGGCAAACACUUUCCACCUUUGUUUGACUAAAGUUACGGAAAAGCGGGCAACAAAACGUGCAACUUGUUUUGCAACAUUGUUGCAAAAACGAGUUGAAAAGCGAUGUUGGGCGUUUUACUACCCUGGAAUCAAACCUGUCUUGCAACAAUAGGUUGUUGCAGAAGGUAGAGAGAGUUUCUACUUCCUGCAACAAAAUCUGUACAUGUUGCGCGUUUUACCGGCCAAGGCAAACUUUUGCAACAAGUGACUAAGUGCUUUGCACGACGUGACUCCGGCAUAAUUCUUUCCAGUCAGUCAGUCUUUGUUGCAAGAAAGGUUUGAACGUACGUGGUAAAACGCGAAACAUGGCGUUCGACACCUGGAGUAAUGUUCCAAAACAAGUUGCCCGUUUUGUUGCUGGUGUUACGGUAGCUUAAGAAAGUUUAUAUUUUCUUUUUAUCAACAGCUUUUUCUAGUUCCCAUUCCACUCGCCAAAGGCGAAUCAAUUCUCUUCCUCCUGUGGUAAGUUGCUGAAACUAUUACAGGACUUUUGCAGCCCCCUGAAUUAGGAGAGCUUAAUGGCCGGGUGACUUAUUGAGGUUAAGCUAGGUUCACCUAGUCCCAAAACUUGAAAUGCAGUGUGGUCUUUGAUGAUGAAGUUACACCUCCCAGAAACACAGACAGAUCCCUAUAUAGUCUGUGGUUGAUUACAUAAUGCACUUGUUUUACUUACAUUGACUUCCAGUUUCCUGUCACUGAAGCAUCAUCUAUCAUCCCCCAUCAGCACCAGAAAAAGCAAACGGCUUUUGUACAGUUGGGAUUACUCCAUCCUAGAAGUGUGUUUGUGAGUGUUACUCUUCUGUGUUGAUGAACUGUGACUUGAACUCAUUACCAUCGCUACACAGGCCUGAUCAUUACAUGUACCACUUUUAUCAGAAAAAAAGUGCGUCAAACAGAGCCGACUUCAUUCGCCGUAAUAUGUAGCCCGUGUUUUUUUGGCAGCCAGCCUCUUUUGCAUUCAAUCUACUUGUCCUAUUGAUGUUUGCAUCGUUUGAUUGACAGAAAUCUAUUUCUAUAUGGUUUGAUUUCGAAGGUCGCUUAGCUCUAGCAUUAAAAGAAAUCUUAAGCAUUUACUUGAAAAGAGCAGAGCAUCCGCUGAUUUCCGAAGAAAGAAAUUUAUCAGAAUAUUAUUGUGCCCUAACCAUGUGGAAGUACCCCUCUGAAAAGGCGGACCUUUUCACAAGUAGUGAUUCACUUACAAUCAUACAUUUCCCUUUAUAUAGGGUACCUCUUUUCAUCCUCCUUUGAGGAGCAACUAUUGCAAACUGAAUCAGUGUCUCAGUCAUAAUAUACUACAAGCUAUCACUUGGAAAUGAUCAGAGAAUUGAAUUGAAGAAAGUUAAUUGCAUUUUUUACUUAUUUCCUAUUUUUUGCUUUACUUAUAAGGGUUUAUCUACACUUUUAAAUUUCGAGGAGGACUUUCAGUUUCUUCAGGAGCCGGCUAGCGUAAGCCUGGUGAGUCACUGCUGUCAUUUGAUGGCUUAAGUCAAUGGAACAAGCAACUAAAUUUUUCCUUUCCCCGCUUCGAAACUGAGAUACCGCCGGAAGACAGAUCGAGUUUUGUGAGGCGCUGUUGGUAUAAAGCCUAUAACCCAAACCUUCACUCCACGCCUUACGCUCGCACACAUUUUGCAAAAAAGUAUUCAAUAAUGCAGCUAACUGCUCAAAGGCAUUGAAAAAUGAACCGAAAAGGAAAAGGCAAACGGGAGACAUGAUCAUACUUAUUGCUCACAAGAAAACGUCCUCUUGAAGCUGAAAACGAGCAGCGACAAAAGGCAAGUAAACGCCGACUGCGGAAAUGGUCACGUGGUCAUCUUUGUCGUUUGCCUUCUUGCCGUUUUCUGGCUAUUUAUUCAUUGUCGUAAUUAAUAUCAUUAGAUAGCGUUGUCUUAACCUCCUCUCAUUCUCCGUUAUAGGUCAGUCGAGGAGCCGAGUGUGUAAUGAUUUCCAAAAAGUUCUUUAUAAAUCAAGCAAGCGAGCUUACCAAAAAAUGGAUACGACAUAAUGUAAGUAUUUACCCCGAAAAAGCCCCCCUGCACAAAUCAUAAACAACGAAAAUGGAGCUUCGAGGUUAAACCAGUUUCGAACGCAUGAAAAUUAAUAAAUAAAAGGUGGAUAACUAAAACUGCAGGCAAAUAUUGCACACGUUGCCACUUAAGAAACGGAAGCAAACUGGGCCGAAUGAACUUUCACAAAGACUUCUGGGUCUGCGGUUACUAAGCGGCUACUAAGGAUAGGGGAAAAUUGGCCAAUAGCCAGGAGCUGACCAGCGCGUCCCCGUUAACGAUCCCAGAGGUAAUUGUGGGACACAUUUCGACUCCAGAUCCCUUCUCGUUUCUAAAGUGGCGAAUCCAGGAGCCAGCUUUUGAGAUAUAAAAAUGUCCAGUUACCCUAUUUUGACCCAGACUUCUCGACACGAAGGAUUAAGAUCAGGGAAGCUAUUUGAGAAAGGCAUUAACCAUCAACAGAUUAUUUCAAGGCAGCAGCUCUAACUGGGAAGCUGUAGCUUUAACUAUAAAAUAUAUUCAAGAUUUUAUUUUCUUCUCAUAAAUAUUUCAGGUAAGAUCUUACCCUUCCAGAGAGACACUGCAGAGAAAUCUUCAAGAAAAAAUCAACUGGGAUGCGUACAAACAGGACCUUGUACAAACUAUAAUCAGCAGAUAG